AUGGACCCGAGAUUAGAAUUUCACCGAAUGCAUAGUGAAAUAAAUAGCCCCAUUAAACCGAGCCUUAAAGAUAGCAAUUACGAGGAUAACAUAGUUCAACCACAAUCAUUGCUUAAAGCGGCUAUAAUACGUCAUCAAUCCAUCGCACCCGAACAAUCCGAGUCUUGUUGUAAUAUUAAAAUCGUCAAAGAAUUGAAUGGAUCUUCGAGCAAAUACAAUUAUGAGAUUAUUCGUUGUUCAAAAUCUAAAAGUGAAAGUGGAAGGAAAUCAACCUUUUUUUAUAAAGUGUUUAGCCAAUGCAAAGUUAUUUGUGGAAAAGGAAAAACCAGUUAUACAGUGACUGCUAGAUGCAAUGUCAAUAAAAAGAAGGUUGUGAUUAAACGCGUUGACAAGGACAAGCUUAAAAUCCCGGAUUAUUAUAAAUCUCCAUGCUUUAGUCCUUCGAACUGCUCAUGCGGUGAAUGCCUAUACGCAUCACAACCAUCGCCUCCAUCUUCGGUAACUGCGACUACGUGGACAGGUUCAAAUCUCAGUAAUAAUUCUCCGCCAACUUCAAUUCUUAAUAAUUCAUCUCAACUCUCAAUCCACAAUGGUUAUUCUCAAACUUCAUAUUUCAAUAACUCCCCAAGCGAUUCAAUUCUUAAUGUGGGUACCCCUCACUCAAGAUCAUCUCCACAAUUUAAUAAACCGAAAAAGGCUCCUUCCGUUACAUUUGCGUCAUCCGCACCAUCUUGUGAGAUGCCUUCUACCAUUCCUCAAUCUUCUUCUUUAGAGACUUCUUCUAUAAAUCAUGGCGUUAGACAAAGGAAGUUGAAGAAACCUUCUAGUUGGUUCAAAAAGAAAUAUUUUGAUGUUGAUUGGGUUACUUAUGUAGCCAAUUAG